AUGAAUCUACAAGGGCAAUCACAACCACAAUCUUUGCCUUAUACCCCAAAUGCAGCGGCGGCAGCACCGCCCACUUUUUUCGAUCCUGCAUCUUAUCACCAAGAGCCAAUAAUGUAUCCUCCAAUGCCUCAAUUUUCUGCACACGGACCUGCAGUAUCAUCACAACAUCAUCCUGAACAACAGCGUAUCCAGCAACUCAAUAUGCGUCAUGCACUGUUACAGAAUGCUUUUGCCCAACAACAGCAACAACAGCAUCAACCAUCUCAACCAGCUGAUUUACUUAAAAGUCCAAAUAAGAGAACACCUUCCAAAGCUGAACGUCGUGCUGAACACAACGCGAUCGAACGUGCGCGCCGUGAAAAUCUCAACUCCAAAUUCCAACAACUUGCUCAUGCGCUUCCCAAUCUCCAAAACGAUCGAAGGCCUUCCAAAGGAACCAUUAUCGAAAGAACACUGGAUUAUGUGCGGAGUACGAUGGCCAAAGAAGAGCAUUAUCAAUAUCAGAUCCGUGUGCUACUGAAGGAGAACAGGCGGAUGAAACGACAACUCAAGAAGCGUCGUGAAACGUCUUCUGGUGAAUCAGUGUCAUCUUCAGAGCAUGAUGAGUUAUUUAUGACAUCGCCUGCAUUCCUUGGAUGGGAGCAACCGCCGCCAAUGUCAUCCUCCUCCUCUUCCUCUGCAGCAGCAGUAGCAGCAGCAGCUACAGCAGCAGCCAUAUCAAGACCAAUGACAGCAACAGGAGCACCAUCCUCGUACAACAUGUACAUGGCACCAGCACCAUCAUCAUCGUUUACCAAUCAUUCACCACCUGUGGGUGCCACCCUCUCUUACUAUGAUGAUGAUGAUGAUAGCGAUUCGGCAAGUUAUACACACAUGCCGGUUGAAUCAUAUCCAAUGACAAUGAUGAUGGGCGCAGGUGAUGGAAACGAGUGUACAAAAGUGAUGCAUCCUCCUCCUCCUCCUUCUGAAUAUCAAGUCAAGAUGGAAUCGUCGAGACAACUUCAUUAG